UCGGUUUAUUAAUCGUUGUUGGAGUGAUUUGAUGCGUUGAAGGAUAUGUUCGGUUGCAUGUAGGCUCGGUGAAAUGUUAAAAGAGUGUAGAAUAGUGGUGUGCCGGAAUGUGGAUUUUGUUUUCCACCAGAGAUGUAGCAUCGGAAGGUGACAUUUUGAUGCAAAUAUUUUGAAAGUUAAUAGGUGAAACCUCCAGCAGCCAGUGGGGGGCUUUCGUUGAGAGAAGCAGCAGCAGUCGUUUGUGUUGGUGUUACCAAAAUUGUGUACAAAAGUUACUCGGUGUUUUACAACUUCAGCCUUGAUAAAUAGUGUCCUGAAUUGAUGUGGUUGUAAUUCUGAUGUUGGUUCUGUCAUUCCGUUGGUCUCAAGAUCGGAAGGAAUUUUAAAAUGAGUGUCAGAAAGUGCCAGUUGAAAUAGAAACCGUCAAGCUACCGUUCACAGAAAUAGCGAGCUGAUGAAGUCGGGCGAGAUGUUCCCGAGCGAAGAGUGAUCUUUGCUAAGUCGUUCGCUAAUAUUCCAAGUUUAGUCGAGGACAGAAUCGACACAGGAGAAAAUUUCAUCCAGCCGUCACAAUAUGUUCAAAAAUAUCUUCCAUCCGAAGAAUCAUCAUCAGUGAGAUGAAGGCAGGCCGCUUGAUUUCGUUGUCGGCAAAGUGAGUUGGCGUAUUGACCACUUGUAAAUUUAGUGCGCUUAGGAGGAAUAGAAGCGUUCCGUAAUCUAAAGUUGCUUCGACAGACGUUUUCUCAGAGUGUGGGGAGAAAAAGACGACGAGCGAGGAGGUAAAACAUACGACUUGAUGAGCUCUGGACUGCUGUCAAGUGCGGUCUGAAGAGGUUUUUCGACGACUGGCAGAUUCCUCACGUUCGGGGAAAUCUUCGUAUUUGUGUAUCGCUGUGCUGUCUUUCGAAACCUUAAAAGUUCGAGUUUACGAUCUUCCGCGACCAACCUCAAGUGCAAAAUAACAUCGUUCGUGUAUGUUUUGGCAAAAACAGCCCAAAUAAAACCCAUAACAACCACACGAAUAAUUAAUUGCAGGCCGUCUGACAUGGACAAUCCUCGGUCGAAAGUGUAAAACCUGUCGACAUCUGGAAAGCGCCAAGUCCUGUGUGUUUCCUGUUUACCACUCCCCUGAUUGUAAUAACCCAAAAGUGUGAAAAGGUGUCCUGAGAAGAAAGUGGAAACACAUUUUCCUGUCAUCGCCAGUGGAGCAUGAGAGAAUUAUAAGCCCCCAUACGUCGACACGAGAAAAGAGAGUCAUCAGGGGGAAGAAACCUGUACUGUAAAGUUUGUUUCAGUGUAUGCAAAUAUUUCAACCUAAUGUUUAUCCAUAAUUCACGGCUUACUUAGUCUGCCAGUAAAUAAACAGGUGGAAUAGUUAGUGGUGGCCUCCUGAUCACAGUUCAAGAUUAGUGAAAGAACCUCAACCGGGGCUGGCUUUGCGACAUAACAAAACGCAAAACCAUUUAUCAAAACCGAGAGAAAAGAAAGUGAAAACAACGGCGCGUGUGUUAGCUGAGCCUUAAUCAAAAGUAUUAACAUCAAAAGUGCUGCAAAAGUAACCAAAACCCAAAGCAGAAGUCCACCCUGGAAAGGAAGAAACAACCGAAGAAGGAAAUCCCAUUUUCGUCUGAUGCCAUUCGCCGCGCUGACAAACAACAAACAACAAACGGAUAAGUUCCAUCGUUCCAGUGAAGGAAAACAGAAAGUUGAAAAAAAUAUAGAAGCGAAUAAAACUCGUAAAAAUUGAACAAUCAUAAGUUGCAAUCUUAGUGCGGGUGGUGUUAUUGAGAAGAAGACAAAUCCAGCCAAUUUCAUUCCAAAGUCGGGAGAGUUUCGCAGCAUUGAAAUUAUGUGAAGAAGACCCCCGCCCCGCAACGAGUGGCUCCGGAAAGUGCAAAUAGGACAAGUGAGCAUGUAAGUGAGUGAAUAAGGAGAGGGGGAUAAAAGUUUUCUGUAGAGUAAAAAAGUAAAGCAAAAUAAAACAAGAGCAAACAGUCGUCGUGGGGUUUGAUGGUGUGAUUCCACCGAGACGACUGACUACUGCUGUUGGGAAAAAGUUAGAAUACCCAAUUUCUUUUGAAAGUUUAGAAAGUUACAGAAAAGUGGUGGCUCCAUAGAGUGGCGUCCACGUUUGGUGGUUGGUUUUUCUUUAUUUUUCCGUUCGGAUCGAAAGUGUCCCCAUCGUUGGAUCGAGUUUACUAACUAACACCGACGCAGUGUGAAUCAGUUGAGCUGCAGUUUUUCUGGGAUCAAAAGAGAAGAGAAAAAAGCCAGAAAAAAACAUCCGAAGAAUAAAAGACAUUUCUUUUAGAGUUUGUGCGAGUGCGAGAAAGAAAAAGAUUCGAAGCGACUCACUCACAUUAGGUGGACCUUCGAUAAUUGCCGGGAACAGAUAAAUGACUUGACGUAGAGCUAGCCGCACCCUAUUCCUCAAGGAUUACGAGAAUGAAAUUUGUUCCCUUGAUUUGAUCACCGGUAAAACCGAAAGUUAGCUCAAAUAGUGCACUGUUUAAAGACCCUUUUGCGAAGCUAGUUUUAAAACUCUUAAACAACUCUCAGCCAGCAGAACCAAAAAAAAUAAUCACCCUACAAAUGACCGGAAACCGGAAGCAGAAACCACAGAGCAAUUGCCAGAAGGUUUUGCCCCUGCUGCUCCCGCAACUUCUCAAACAAGCACAAGAACCUCUUCCAGGACUAAGAAAACAACAUCCAAACGAGCCAGAGUGCCCAACACCAUCACCAAAACUACCGACACCAUCUCCAACUACUUCAUCUCCCCCCGUUAGAUGCUUUUAGACACCGAGCUAGUGUUUCUUAGCGAACAGCUCCGAAAGCCUGUGUCCACACUGUCGAUUCCCGGUUCGAUGAAAACACCGUGCGCCGGAAAUCGGGAAACAGUAUCGGCUGCAUGCACAGAAGAAGCCGGAAUCGCGCUCGUGGGCGUACACUCAGAGUAUCCCAGGUACAUGGAGGAGCGAGGCCUGGGUGGCGGCGUCUGUAAAGGUCCCGGCACUGCUCCAGGAGGUCCCGGCGGAGGCAGUCAGAAGCAGAAACCGAAUGUCGGCUAUCGGCUUGGCCGGCGGAAAGCGCUCUUCGAGAAGCGGAAACGGAUCAGUGAUUACGCCCUCGUCAUGGGCAUGUUCGGCAUUAUUGUGAUGGUGAUAGAAAACGAGUUAAGUAGCGCUGGUGUAUAUAAUAAGCAGGCAUCUUUUUAUUCAACUGCUUUAAAAACGUUAAUAUCCGUAUCGACUGUGAUUUUACUCGGGCUCAUUGUAGCCUACCACGCCUUGGAAGUUCAGCUUUUUAUGAUAGAUAAUUGUGCAGAUGACUGGCGGAUAGCGAUGACCUGGCAGCGAAUAAGCCAAAUAUCUUUAGAAUUACUCAUCUGCGCGGUGCAUCCCAUUCCAGGUCAAUAUUAUUUUCUAUGGACAACCAAACUAGCGAAUAAGAACAAAGCGAUGGGCUCAGAGCUCGUGCCCUACGACGUUGCGUUAUCCUUGCCAAUGUUCCUUCGUUUGUACCUGAUAUGCCGGGUGAUGCUGCUACAUUCGAAACUAUUUACCGAUGCCUCAUCUCGUAGUAUAGGUGCAUUGAAUCGAAUCAAUUUUAACACGCGAUUUGUGUUGAAAACACUAAUGACAAUAUGUCCGGGAACGGUCCUACUAGUAUUCAUGGUUUCAUUAUGGAUAAUAGCAUCGUGGACGCUUCGGCAGUGCGAAAGGUUUCACGAUGAAGAGCAUGCCAAUCUCUUGAACGCCAUGUGGCUUAUCGCGAUAACCUUUCUGAGCGUUGGCUUCGGCGAUAUCGUUCCGAAUACGUACUGCGGCCGAGGCAUUGCAGUCAGUACGGGUAUAAUGGGUGCCGGCUGUACGGCCCUACUGGUGGCCGUCGUUUCCCGGAAGCUGGAGCUAACACGAGCGGAAAAACAUGUGCACAACUUCAUGAUGGACACUCAGCUGACCAAGAGGUUGAAAAAUGCCGCUGCCAACGUUCUUCGGGAAACCUGGCUCAUCUACAAGCACACCCGCCUAGUGAAACGCGUCAAUCCGGGCCGAGUGCGAACACAUCAACGAAAGUUCCUGCUAGCCAUUUACGCACUACGAAAAGUGAAAAUGGAUCAGCGCAAACUAAUGGACAACGCCAACACCAUAACGGACAUGGCGAAGACACAAAACACCGUGUACGAAAUAGUUUCGGACAUGUCAACAAGACAGGACACCCUGGAGGAACGAAUUACUAGUCUAGAGGAUAAAAUGCAAGCUCUACAGACACAAAUCGAGAAUCUUCCGGAAGCACUGACGCGCUGCCUCGUUCAGCAUCAGGAGCGCAUGGACCAACGAAGGAACUUUCUGCAUCCGGAUGCCGCAGUAACCGGUUCGUCGUCCGGUUUGCCAACUCCGGCACCACCAUUAGGGUCGCCGUUGAUGUUACCGCACUCCAGUUUUUCUUUUAGGAGUGUCCCAUCGUCGUCGACACCGGCCUAUCCCUGGCCCGCAAGUCCCAUUCUCCCGCCAAUCUCCAGUAGAACGCCACACUUGGUUCCUGAGACGCUAAUCCCGGCACCGGCAGCAACGACGGCCUCGUCAAUGCUGUCUAACUCAUUCGGUGUCAAUAAUCUGUCCCUGUCCGCGAGCAAUCAAUCGUCUGCGACCGGGGACACGCAAAUGACAACGUACAGGGGAAAUAGCUGAAUCGAGCCCGCCACCAGCUCUAUCUCCCUCAUUUCGAUAUCUAACAAUAACAACAACAACUACUCCACCACCACUAAUUCUAACAAUACUCCUACACCGACGUCUAGUAGUAGCAAAUUCACGAAACAGCGAGAACGGGCCACGCGAUUCUAGUUUUCAAGUGCAACGUCGAUACCUACUACAAAGCAUACCAUCAGUAACUACCUACUAUAAAGACACACCUACCCUCUUUCUUCAUCCCUUCUCUAACUGUCUCUCUAUCUCUCUAACUAAUCAAGCCACUGGCAAGGCUAAUAAGACGCCAAAAAUGCGAGAGGAAUGACCUCUCAAUCACAACCUAGAGUAAUGUAGAACGAUGGGAGAUGCGUCGCAAACAGAGUUGACCCCGUGAAUAGAUUUCUAAUAGCGCCCCACGUAGCCCAAUAGAAUAGGAGAUCGCAGACAGGCGAUCGAACAGUGAGCAUGAUAUGCAAGAGUGUUUGCAAGUAGCACCCCAGACAACACACAAUGCGCGCGUAAAGGAACACGACGAGCGAAUGGAAACGAAUGCGAGUGUUUAAGCACCGGAGCACAGUAAGUGUGUGACAUGUUGAAAAAGACUACCUAGCAGUUAGCGUUUAAAAGUUAAAGAUUCAGAUAAUAAACCAAAUCGCAGUGUGGUAAACCAUGGCGAUCAGCAGAGAAAUGAAAAAGAAAUAACAGACAAGCUGUCUGAACGAUAGUCAGAAUCUAUCAAAGCAACACGGAAAUCAGCACGAACCAGAUAAGAUGCCGAUAAAGCGAUAGAAUACUAGACAACUGAAUAAAAAGCAUCAAUUCUUUCAAUUAGCAUGCGUCAUAAAUUUUCACGUGUGAUAUCGCGAAUUAGUUUACGAGUUCAAAUUUAAGUCCUGUAGAUGACCAAAAUACUUAGAACAAUAUCUAUAGUUCAGAUUUAUUCGGUUUAAUCUUUUAGCUUAGUUUCUAGCAAAGACGAAUUUUCAAUUAACAAUAAAUUUAAACGUCAAAAACGUACACUAUCUGAUCGGUGGGAGAAAAUCAAUAAACAUGUAGUCGACUUUGAUUGAACAUACAUGAAUAAUAGUCAGAUUUUUUGUCUAAUGUAGCUCCAAUAGUUUGAUUUGUAGCAACAACAACAAAAAACAUACAUACUUUCAAAAAGUUCAUAAAAGACACAUUAGCAUCAAAUUGCCCAACAUAAAUUAUUGUCAAUUGAAGAAUUCCUACUUUAAAGUUUGAGAUCCGCAUUUUUAAUUCUCAUAACAUUAAAUACUGUUUUACACACUCAGGAUUCUUAAGGGUAUCACACAUCAUAUUGCAUCACAGAAAACUCACCGAUAAAUACACAAUACCAGGUUGUUUUCGAUUUACCAAUAAGAAUAUUGAAAUUUCCUAAGUCUGACAGCGAUAACAAUACGAAAUAAUAAAAACAAAAACAUUCUAAACUACUGCUAUCUUUGUUUCGAAGACAAAAUGUCUGAAAGCUAAUUUUCAACAGCACUUCUCUGUGAUGCAUACCUCUUGAUGUGAAAUACCCAAAAGUUUUUGGUUCCAGAAUUCAAAGGAAAAAAUAAAUUUCACAUUCUGGAACUCAGAGUUGAAAUUCAGAAUAAAGAACACCAUUUACGGUUCCCAUAAUUCAGUCAUCCGAAUUUACGAACUCGAAGUCAAAGAUCAAAACCAGAAUUAAGAAUCAGAAUCCGAAAUCAAAAUUCAAAUUCAGAAUUCAGAAUCAUUUAAAUUGAAUAUAACAAUUGAGAAUCAGAUUUCAGAAUCAGAACUCAGAAUCAAAAUUCAAUAUCAGCAUUCAGAAUCAGAAUUCAGAAGCAGAAUUUAGAAUCAGAAUUCAGAAUUAGAAUUCAGCAUCAGAAUUCAGCAUCAGAAUUCAGAAUCAGAAUUCAGAAUCAGAAUCAGAAUUCAGAAUUCAGAAUCAGAAUUCAGAAUCAGAAUUCAGAAUCAGAAUUCAGAAUCGGAAUUCAGA